CUGUUAUCUGUCUGAAUAAACGCCGAUAAUUUUCAACUGCUAUCGUUCGCUGCUAUUAUUAUUUCUUUUGAUUUCUUCUUAAUGGCAGUAAUCAGGUGAAUUUUCGAACACGCUUCUCGAAAUAUUAAUUUGGAGUAAGGAGUUUUCCAUCCGUCACGUCAGAUGGCUCCUUGCUGGGUGACGCCGGGUGGGGUUAUGUUUCAAAGAUAUUCCUUAUUGCAGUCGUGUAACCUACGAAAAGACAUAAUAUAUAAAUUUAUUAUUACAUUGUAUUAUAUUGUAUUAUAUCCUUUACAUACAUUCUUAAAACUAAUAUAAUAAAAAGAUGUACAAACGUUCGGUGACUGGUGGUGCCUUGAUACUAGCGAGGAACUUGGGAUUUAUUAAGGAUCACGCGUUUGCGAGUGCGGGAAAUAAGACGUUUGGUACAGCGGUGCAAAAUUCGCGAUACAAACCGCUGAAUCCGAUAAACACCAUCAUAAUGUUUGUCCCUCAGCAACAGGCAUGGAUCGUAGAACGAAUGGGGAAGUUCCAUAAAAUUUUAGACCCAGGCCUGAACAUUUUGCUUCCUAUCAUUGAUAAAGUUAAAUAUGUACAAGUCUUGAAGGAAUUGGCGAUAGAUGUACCACAGCAAAGCGCAGUUACAUCAGAUAAUGUGACUUUAAGUAUUGAUGCGGUAUUGUAUUUAAGAGUAACCGAUCCUUAUCUAGCAUCCUAUGGCGUCGAAGACGCUGAGUUUGCUGUAAUUCAAGUAGCACAGACCACCAUGAGAUCUGAACUAGGAAAGAUAUCUUUAGAUAAGGUAUUUAGAGAAAGGGAAGAAUUAAAUGUUUCCAUUGUUGAAAGUAUUAAUAAGGCCAGUAGUGCAUGGGGAAUAACAUGUCUACGAUACGAGAUAAGGGAUAUAAAAUUACCAUCGAGGGUACAGGAGGCGAUGCAAAUGCAGGUAGAAGCCGAACGAAAAAAACGUGCUGCCAUAUUGGAAUCUGAAGGUGUUAGGGAAGCUGAAAUAAAUGUGGCCGAAGGCAAACGACUUGCACGAAUUUUAGCUUCAGAAGCAGCAAGACAGGAGCAGAUAAAUAAAGCUACUGGAGAAGCUGCGGCAGUGGUGGCGGUGGCAGAGGCACGGGCGAAAGGAUUGCAGGUGGUUGCAAAUGCUCUUGGCGUCACAGAUGCGAAAAACGCAGCGGCGCUCAGCAUAGCAGAACAAUAUGUCAAUGCGUUUGACAAGUUAGCAAAAGUUAAUAAUACAUUGAUAUUGCCGAGCAACGUGGGAGACGUUUCGACGUUUGUAGCACAGGCAAUGGCAAUUUAUAAACGAGUACUGCCACAAGAGCACAGCAACAAUGAGCAAACAAAACAAAUAAUGAGUACUCAAUCGAAUACUUCAGUUCGGAUGGAGGAUUCCGAUGAAGCAUAUGAGUAUUUCAGUGACAAAGAAGAAGCUGAAAAGCACAGGAAGACGGAAAAACAAAAACCCUGAAUUACAAAUACUUGUAAUAUCUGUAAUAAAAAGAUAUUUUCAUAUUUUUCGCAUGUAAUUUAAUUAAAUUUCGUAAUGUAAAUAUCACGAUCAUAAAGCGUUUAUGUUAAGGCUCAGUUCUCGCGAUACAAAAAUUGUUUAUACGAUGACGAGAAAUAAAGCAAAAAUUAAUUGCUAUAUAUAUAUAUA